CCUGGAAAAACACACGUGGAUUCCAGCGAUUCCUCCACGCACCGAGCGAGCAGCAACAACAACAACAUGGCAAGUUACGGGCUCACCUACGACGGAUGUAACUUCUUCAGACAACGCCUGGUUUUGUCCACGCUGAGUGGGAAGCGUAUUAAAAUCAGAAACAUCCGGUCCAAAGACGAUGAUCCGGGGCUGCGAGAUUUUGAGGCCAGCUUCAUCAGACUUCUUGACAAAGUGACCAACGGCUCCACGAUAGAAAUAAACCAAACAGGCACGGUGUUAUUCUACCAACCGGGUUUGCUUUAUGGAGGCUGCAUCGAACACGACUGCAACCUGCAGCGCUCCGUAGGGUACUAUCUGGAGGCCCUGCUCAUGCUGGGCCCCUUCAUGAAGACCGCGUUAAAGGCCACCCUUAGGGGCGUCACCAAUGACCCCACGGACCCCACGGUGGACCUGCUCAAGUGCACAGCUCUUCCUGUGAUGAAGAAGUUCGGCAUCGAUGGAGACGGCUUAGACCUGAAGGUGGUGAAGAGAGGAAUGGCACCUGGCGGAGGAGGAGAGGUGGUGUUUACGUGCCCUGUCAGAAGGACCAUCAGACCCGUGCAGCUCACAGACCCAGGAAAAAUUAAAAGAAUCCGGGGUGUGGCAUAUUCCGUUCGAGUUUCCCCUCAGAUGGCCAACAGGAUUGUGGAGUCGGCCCGGGGAGUCUUGAACCAGUUCAUCCCGGACAUCUACAUCCACACGGACCACAUGAAGGGAACCAACUCUGGCAAGUCACCAGGUUUUGGUCUGAUGCUGGUGGCAGAGACUCUGGAAGGUUCUUUCCUCGGCGCUGAGAUGGCGUCCACGCCGCAGGGACAAGGAAACCCCGUUUUGCCCGAAGACUUGGGACGGGACUGUGCCAAGCUGCUGCUGGAGGAAGUACAUCGGGGCGGCUGCGUGGAUUCGGCCAAUCAGAGCCUGGCACUGCUCCUGAUGACCCUUGGCCAGCAGGACGUGUCCAAGGUUUUGCUCGGACCCCUCUCACCGUACACGAUGGAGUUCCUCCGACACCUGAGAGACUUUUUCCAGCUCAUGUUCAAAAUGGACGUUGAGAAGCCGGUGGAGGAGGAGAACAAAGGGGGGGAUAAAGUCCUCAUGACGUGCGUGGGGGUCGGUUACAGCAACUUGAACAAAUCUUUGAAAUAAAUGACAUUUUGUACACGAAACCCGAGGUGCCAAGUGGAAUGCGGUUUAUUUGUGUCAAGUAUUAUGUAGUACACACGAGGGAACUAAAUACUGUGGAGUACCGCUUGUCAGUCACAAAUGUCACAUAUGCAAAAUUCAGUUUUCGUUUUCUUUUGAAGCCUCAAUGAGACGUAUGAUCCAGCAUCGAUGGGAUUCUUCGUGACACAGCAAUUUCAGAUGCUUUCAGGUCUCGCUGGUUGGAAAGUCCCUUUUAUUAUUAUCCAUGUGCCAAGCGUCCACGUGUUUGUCAUCACAGGAAGUCGGGCGUUAGUCCUGGCCGCACAGAUGUUUGAGGGCGUUGCCAUAGCUGCCUGAUACUUCAGACUACAAAAAAAAUCAAAACAAUCAGCAGCUAUUAGACACAAAUUAAUAGGGGCCUCCCGAUCCUAUGUUGAUGUCCGAUGCCACCCCAAAAAAAUGCGGUAUCAGUUUUUAUCAAAUAC